AUGUAUAGCGAUGGCGUUGACACAUUCAGUCAGCAAUCUGCCGUGAGCAUGAGCACCAUCAAAGCCAAGACGGCAACGUCGUCGGACGCCAAGGCCAUCACGCGCAAGCCGAUGAGCAAGCCGACCACGACCGCUCGCCCCGUGUCCAACCAGUCGGAGAAGGCUGGGAUUCGAGACGGUAGUCGGGCGCGCCUGAGUACCUCUCGCAGCGACAAGGAGCCGGACAGUACCGCUAUGCCCCAGCGGGACGCCCCACUUCGCACCAAGAAGCCCGCUGCCAAGCCAAGCAGCAGCAACAACGAUGUCGAGGCCGCCAAAGCCAAGAAGCCAGGACAUCCGAUGCCAUCGCAAGCGCUCAACAAGCACAAGCAAGCUGACCCGUGGAGUACAAAGAAGAAGCACAAAACGAAUUUUGGCGCCGCGUACGCAGCCGGCAACAUCCCUUGCCGCAUCAACCACGGAGGGAUCAAAAAUGCGCUGCAGUGGAACCAGUCGCCCGAAGACGUCGAGUACAACCCGCUCCUCGUCACGUGCUGCGAGGGCUUUCAAGAAACGGACCACCCGUACGUCUUUCUCGCGCGCCAAGGCUUCAACGACCUUAUGACCGCCAACGGCGCCGACGACAAGGUCCGGCCGCUCCUCGGACUGCUCAUUCCGCCGAUCCGGGCGGCGCUCAUGGCCCCGGACGACGACGUGCUCGUCGUCACGCUCAAAGCGAUCCAAGCGAUUGCGGACGCCGUGGGGUCGGACAUGAAUGUGCAUUUGCCCAAGCUCAUCCAGCAGAUCCACCGCAAGUACUCGUCCAAAGCGCUGCGUGCGACGAUCGAUGAUACGCUCGGGGCCCUCGAGCGCAACGGAGGCCCCGAGGCCCUGCGCAUCAUUCGCACCAAAAUUCCGACGUACGCUUCGUUGGCAUAG